AUAUCCCAGAGGGUUUCAGACAGGGAACCGAGCCCAUUAUGCAUAUCCCAGAGGGUUUCAGACAGGGAACCGAACCCAUGAGGUCCGUCCCAGAGGGCUUCAGACAGGGAACCGAGCCCAUUAUGCAUAUCCCAGAGGGUUUCAGACAGGGAACCGAACCCGUGAGGUCCAUCCCAGAGGGCUUCAGACAGGGAACCGAACCCUCCAACCUCCAGAGAAAGACGGUGGCGUGUGAGGGGGAGGUCAUCGAUGGAAACUGCUACGAGUUCAACCCUACGCUGCUGGCCUUCCAAGACGCACAGGCCUUAUGCAGAGCUCUCGCCCCAAAUGCCGAGCUUGCAUCCGUAACCACUGGCGAUCUGCAUUCCCGCCUCGUCUCCCUGGUGACCAAGGGUGGCGGGAGUAACCCUGUGUUGACCUGGCUGGGGGGCACGGUCAAGAACCAGCAGGCGUCAUGGGUAGACGGGUCUGAGUGGAGAUACAGCGACUGGAUGCCGGGUCAACCCAACAUUCAGACCGAUAAACCCGUCUGUGUGGAGAUGUUCAAGAUGGAUGAGAGCUGGUGGACGGCCGCCGACUGUGAACUGAAGAGAGCGUCCAUCUGCUCGUACCAGAUCACUGCAUGAAGACCACAAAGAAGCAGAGCAUGAGAGGGUGGCUCUCUUGAUUAGUCUCUAUCAAUCUUAAAGAGAAGUAAUGUUUAGACAUUAGUCUUCUGUAUACAUCUGUAUUUCCUCAAAUAAAAC